CUCGGUGUUCCACUGCUGCCCUCUCGUGGUGAAAAUAGCGUACUGUUGGCUUUUAUUCUGAAAUUACAGGAAGGCUCACGGAAGGAAAAUCCGAGCAAAUGCUCGACCUGGCGGGAAGCUUGAGGGCGAAGAAUAGUUUAAACUGACAGCGUUAUGUUGGUUGGUUUGUAGAGUGGUUGUCGAACUUUUCGUUUCUUUAUUAAACACGAGAGAACUACCAAAAGAAAGAUAACCUCAAUCAUUUUUCUGACCGAUGUCUUCAUCAUAGCAGCUGUUUGGUCUGCAUUACUCUCACACAUUGAGACUGAACUGCAGCCUGUUUUGUUCUUCUCGUGUUUUCAUAAAGCAGUUCUAACAUGGUUCAAAUAAUCAUCUCAAGUAAAAGCGGAGAGUCUCCUGGAGAGUGGCUGCUUGUGGAGUUACAGGGUGAGACGGUGUCACGACAUGACACUGGACUGGCUGGAAAUCUUAUGGGGGACCUGCACUACACCAAAGAGGGUGUACCAGUACUGAUUGUGGGACAUCACAUCCUGUAUGGGAAACAGGUCAAACUGGAGAAACCUUUUGCUGUCCUGAUGAAGCACUCUGGCCUCCCGCAGGAGGAUGAGGUAGCCAUGGAAACUGGCCAGGAGAAGCCUACCUCCUACACUGUCUCUGCUAUUAUCAAAAAGAAGCUGAUCUUUAAAACGCGUCCUAAACCUAUCAUUACUAACGUGCCAAAGAAGGUUUAAUGGCCAAAACAUAUAUACUGAGGGCAUUCAUGGUGUCAAUUACCCUCACUUUCUUAAGUACAACAGUUUCAGAAAAUGUGGUCUUAAAAUCUUUCCAAAUGAUACGUUUUGAAUACAAGACUGUUCUGUGAGGUUUCGAUAGAUGUGAAAUAUUGAAAUUGGACUGCUGGCAUUCUUUUGGGGCAAAUCCUAUUUGGAUAUGUGUGAUGUUUUGGACCAUCAGUGUAAAAAUAGACGUGACGCAGGUACGUUUUCUAGGACAAAGAAUGAUCAGAGUCAGAGAAAAAGUUUAUUUUCAUAAAAACAAUUUGCAGGUGUUAUAAAGAUCUGCAAAAAUAAACAGUAAAUGUUGCAAUAUUGAUAUAAAACUUAAAAAAAAUUUUUUUUUUUACAUAUUUAACAAGUUGCACAAUAAAUGUAAAUGAGUUCAAACAGUAUGACUGGGGUUCUCAUGCAUUUACACAAUAUAUGAAAGGAAAGUUUAAUGGUGUACGUUGUUAUUAGCGUUGCACAGAAGUGUAGUGCAUAAUAGAACAGUUUACUAACCCAUAAUCAUUUACGACCCAAAUGUGUUGAAACUCACAAGACCUUCUAAAAUAGAUCACACUUUCUCUAACCAUUUAAACAACCUUCAUGAUGUGGUACUUAUUUUACAGGACUCACAAAAAUGCUAUUGUCUAUUUAUGAAAGAACUACAACACAAAAUGUGUGAUGUCAGUAUUUUUGCACUGGUUUAUAUUAGACAUGUACAGUAGAUAUUUAAAAUUAAAGAUUUAAAUAAGUUUUAAAUAUUUGGAACAAUUAGUGAAUUAUUAUUAAUCCUGCACACUGAAUGGGCAAAAAUUAAAUUUCAUGAUCCACUUUAUCUGAAUGACUGACUGUGACCUGAUCAGUGUCUACAUUCAGCAUUGUAUAUUUCAGUUGCAAUAACAUCCAGACUAUACAUAACAUCAUUAGCUAGCUCGUUGGGAAAGCUCCAAUGUGUUUUCCGUGUACUAUGCUUUGGUUGCCCUUAAACCUAAAUAACUAGGCUUAAAAAGUGGUAGCUAAAAUCAUUUAACUAGAGUGUUGCAAGUUAUUUAGUUAGUGAAUUAACUAGGGAUGUGCUUUGAGAUAAUGUUACUCAGAGACCAUUCUGUGGAUGCUGGAUGUGAGGGGGGAAAUACUGGUAAACUCUAUAUCAGCAGCUCACCAAAUGUAGACCACUACAUUUAAAAAAACAACAACAACAACAAAAAAAACAACGCUGGGACAAAAGCUGCUCAUCCUGGGCGCCCAGGCUUGUGAUUUGUCUAUUUCUGCUCCAUCAUUAUAGAAUGUCCUGCAAGCUUUAAUUUUGUUAAUAAACUCCAACUUGCCUAAUAAUGUCCCUUUCUAUAGUGAUUUGGAAAACUGUCCUGAAAAGCAUGUAGAAGUUUUAGUUAUUUACUUAAUUCCUACUCUACACAUUUUACACCUAAACCUCAUAUGUGCCCAUGAACAGUGUACACAUUAUAUGCAUAUUGGCUGUCUGUUACUCAAGAAUAAACCGUUGCACUGGAUGUUAGAAUGCCUUAACUCUGGAAUUGUCUUUAUAAGAAGCAGUUCUGCAGACAGCCAUUUCAUGGAUUCAUCAUUUCUCUGCUUAAAUUCUUUAGUGUACACCAUAACACACUACACAGAGAUUAUUCCUCCUCUCUGAGUGUGUUGUCAGAACAGGAGGUGGAUAUUGUGCUUAUGUAAUAAAUCAGUAAAUCCACAUGCUGGUAUUGGGAGAGUAAAAGGGGCAGAUUUUGGACAGUAAAUGUCCAAAAUCAUUAUAUUUAUUAUAACAUUGUAUCUGCUACUUUUGCAUUUGUGCAGACUCUAGGCAUACAGAGGGCAAAACGUAAAUGCAAAGC